AUGCCCUCUUUUUAUAACCAUAGCCUCCCACACUUGGUGCCUGAGGAUUCACUGUGGUUAGCUGAUGGCCGGAGGCAGAGCAGACCCCUUGCAGGGCCUGCCGUAGUUGCCCAGUUAUCUUCAGUCCUUCAAUACUCCCGACAACUGACCGCUUCCCAUAUGGACUCCCGAGCGUUACCACGACACAGUAAUAUGCAGAAUUCCUUGCGCUUCAUUCGUCAGGAAACCCAAAACUCUUCGGCUGGCGAAACGCAUGUCUCUGCUGAUGGAAAUGACGGUGCCUCCAGGUUGUUGAGUCUUGAAGAGGAGGUCGGAGCUGGAAAUGGAAACGAGCCAAAGGAAAAUGAUCCACAAAUCGGCGGGAGGGGGGAGGAUGAGGAAUUAGUGAACAUGUUCUCGAAGCAAUUACAAGGACCAUACAUCAUAAAUAACGUGGAUCUGGUGAAAUUCCCAGUUAGGAAGCCAACUGGCUUCAUUAAUACGGUUUGCUCGUCAUUAAAAAUUACCCUUCCGGGUAAAAGCGGAAGCGUUCUUGGAAUUUCCAUUUGGCAAUUGCACUGCGUCAAUGCUCUUGAAAAGUCCAAACAUGACGCGGGGAGAGCGCAAAACGGAAAGCAAAGCGGCCGGAAUCUUAGGCUCGAUGCGCCACGAUGGAACGUCAUAUGCACCAUUGUAAACAGUGUUAAGAAGCAACCCCGCCCCGGUAUUUUGGAUCAAUCGUUUCAGGAUCUUCGUGUGGUGACCCUCCUCAGAAUGGCAUUAGCGUUCCGGCUCCCUGCAGGCAAUGGCUUCCGCAGACUCCCAGACUGGUAG